AUGUCUUCCUGGCUAGGGAGCAUCGGCUCUGGUCUAGGACUUUCUUUGGGCCAAGUGGGAGGCAGUUUAGUGUCUCUCACCGGCCAUAUUUCUAAUUUCACAAAGGACAGGUUCCUGAAAGGAGCAGAGGAAGUAGUAGAAUUACCAACUUCUGGAAGAGGUGAAAUUGAACUCCUUCAUUUGUUUUUCAAAUCAGAAAAUGAAAGGCUCCAAAACCAAUGUACUGAUCUUGAAGAGAAACAUGAAUUAUUACAGCAGCAAAUGAAACAACAAUCAACAAGUUACACAGACCAGCUUCAGCACAAAGACAGGGAGAUUAGCUACCUUAAAGAAAGACAGGCGGAGCUGCAGCACCAGCUACUGAAGCUGCAGUCAGGCCUCUCAGCACCUCGCUGCAUUGCUGUCACCUAUACCACAUCGUCCACAUUCAGCUACGGGGGCAGUCAGCCCACACCAGCAUUCAAUGAGGAGGACAUGGAGACUAUUGACUUAAAUUGCUCAGACGAAGAAAUUAACUGGCAGCCCAGGGAAGUGUCAGGGCUUGAAUCCUCCCAAAACAUCAACGAACUGGAGGGUAAACCAGGAGGCACAACUCCAAGGUUAACUUGUGCCGAACAUGAAAAAGAGAUUUUGCAGAGAGAACACAAACAGCUGAAUGUGGGAAAUGGACAAAUGGUGCUUGAAUAUGAGACGUUACGAGUGGAAUGUGAGAGGCUGGCAUAUUGUGCUGAUCAACCUGUGGAGCCUGCUGCGGGCGAAGAAACCAUGCAGAGUGCUGUGGAGGAGGAAGUGCUCAGGCUCCAGCAGGCACUGGCUGACAGUGAAAGUAAAAACAAAACACUGAGUCAGCAGGUAAUGUUAAUGAAAACUCAGCUAUCAAACGGACACAAUGAAGGCGAUGUUAUCAUCAAUCAACUAAAAGAAGAUCUAGAUCAUGAAAAAAAGCAAGUUUAUCAGCUGGAGAAAGACAAAGCUAACAUUUCUGAAGAAUUGGAGGAGGCGAGAAACAAUUUAAUUCAGAAUGAAUGUGAGCUCCGUGCUUUGCAUGUAGCCAAGCAGGAGCGUGAAGAUAAACUACAAGAUUUAGUUGAUCAGCUGAAUAAAGCGCAGACAAAUAUUGAAGACAUCCAGAAAGAGAAUCUGCAUCUGAAAAGAUGCGUUCAACAAAAUGAGGAGGAGCACAGCCAAAUGAGAAAACAAUUAAUGACUACUCAAGACCUUAAUAAUAAUUGCAACAAUUUACUGAAAGAAAAGGAAACCCAAGUAAGAAACUUAGAGCAGCAGCUUUCAGAAGCUGAAAAGCAUGAUGAAAAUUUACAGAAAAUUGCAUUUGAUCUCAGAAUAGAAAAUGAGAAGUUGAUUUUGGCAUGUGAACAGGUGAAACAUAAAUUAGAAGAGUCUGUUGCUCUAAACCGUCAAGUUUCUUUAGAAAAAGACACGAUUCUGGAGACCCUGAGAAGGGAAAAGCACCAGCUAGAAGCUGACUUAGGUGGCGCUGAGAAGAGGCUGUUGGAGGAGGCCAACAAGCACAAGCAGAGCCUGGAGGAGCUGUCCAGCUCACACCAGUUGGAUUGUGCUGUCCUUAAGCAGGAACAGGAUCAUUUACUGGAACUGAAUCAGCAGAAGGACCUGGAAAUAGCGGUUCUGAGAAAGAGCAUUGAGCAAACAGACAUAUGUCAUAAACAUACCGAGGAGCUUUUGUCCUCUAGUUUAGAAAAGCAGGAGCAGUUGACACAAUUUCUAAAUGAGAAGGAAAAUUACAUUGAAAAUCUUCAAGAAAAAAGUUCAGAGCUGCAGGCGGAAUUGGACAGAUGUAUUGAGACUUCUAAAAAGAAUGAAAUCUUACAACAGACGGUAGAGGCAAAGGAUAGAAGCCUGGGCUGCAUGAAACAAGAAAAGAAUCAUCUCCAGGAGGAGCUGGAGCGGCUCAGGGAGCAGCAGAGUCAGGCUGUGCACAGGGUUGAGACCAGACUCGCCGACCGUGUGGCCAAACUAGAGUCAGAGGUGACCCAGCUGACCAUUGUCAAGGGACAUCUGGAAGAAGAAAUUAAAGAACACCUAAAGAUCAUUGAAGAUCAGAAAAGGAGUAAGAGGCAGCUGCUGAAGGCGAUGGAGGAGAAUAAGCACCAGUAUGAGCAAGUGAAUGAAGUGCAAAGGCGGCUGAUCUUAGAGAAAGAGGAGGAGAUUAAGAACCUGCAGAACACAAUUGAGCAGAUCAAAACCCAGCUGCCCGAGGAAGGACGGCAUACCCCCAUCGUUCGCCUUGAAAACAAAAGUGAAAACCAUGAACUCUCUAAAGCAGAAAUAGAAGAGUUAGUAAAAGGAAUACAAGAGCGAGAUUUGGAGAUUAAGCUUCUAAAUGAAAAGAAUCUAACUAAACAAAUUGGCCAACUAUCUACACAUGAAGUAGGAAAGAUAACCCAAAUAAUUCAGCAGAAGGAUUUGGAAAUCCAAGCUCUGCAUGUUAAAAUGUCUUCACCGUCCUACUCCCAGGACAUCCUUCAGCAGCAGCUGAAAGCCUACGCUAGGGAGAAAGAGCAGAUAUUAGCUGUUUUCAGUGCCAAAACGAGGGAAAACAGCCAUCUCAAAAUGGAGAAUCACAAAAUGAUGGACAUAGUGUUUGCCAAAGAGGCAGCGCUAGUUAAACUCCAAGACGAAAACAAACAAAUGUCCUCCAGGUUUGAGAACAACCCCCAAGAAAUGUUUAGAGAAACGCUUCAGAAUCUGUCACGCAUCAUAAGAGAAAAGGACAUUGAGGUAGACGCAUUACGGCAAAAAUGCGAGACCUUAUUGGCUAUCCUGCAAACCUCUGGCACCGGGAAUGAGGCUGGGGGUGUUAACAGUGAUGAGUUUGAAAAGCUCUUACAGGAACGUGAAUAUUUAAAACAAAAAGUAAGCAAAAUGUUGGAGUGGAAAAAGCAAGUUAUCACUACCGUCCAGAAUAUGCACCACGAGUCAGCACAUGCCCUAGAAGAGCUGCUUCAGCUCCAAGAUCGAAUGUUGGAAAACAGCAACAAUAGCAUUCAAUUACAAGGGAACUAUGAUGACCUGAUACAGAAUUAUGAUCAACAUGAAAACAAACUGAAAAAUUUGAGGCGUGACUUGACACAAAUGCAGCGUUAUUUGGAGCAACUCUGCAAUGCCAAAGACCUCUUCAUGGGAAAACUUGAUAGCCUUUCACCCCCACUGCAUACUGGGUCAUUGCCUCCUUGUGAGGCAGCAGGGCGUCUUGGAGCCAAUGAAUCUGAUCAAAACAGGGAGACUUCUGUGUUGCUUCAGCAACAGGUAGAAGAGCUAAGAAGAUCCCUGGAACAAAGAGACGUCAGCAUCAGAGCUCUGCAGCAGGAUAACCAACACCUGUCUGACUCCAUCGCUGCUGCUGCAGAGCUAAAAAAGAAAGAGCACCAGCAGCACAAUUCGGAGCUCAGGCAGCUGAAGCAAACAUGUGAUGUGCUGCAAAACCUCCUCAAGGAGAAAGAGCUCCUGCUCAAGAACCAAAGCAAGCAGCUGCUUUCCUCAAAGGAAAAUCUGACCAACAAAGUGAAUGAAAAUGAAAUUUUAAGACAAUCAGAAACAGACUUGAAGGAAAGAAUGCUCAUUUUGGAGAUGGAAAUUUCAAAGUUAAAGGAUGAAAACAACAGAAGAGUAGAAGAGAUGAGGGAGAAGGAAAAUGCAUACCAAGCAUUACAAGAGAGGAACACACACGAAGUUUGGGCUGCUGCACAGAGAGAGGCCAAACUUAGAGAAAAUGUCAUGGUUUUAGAACAAAAACUAGUUUCUUCCUUGGAUGUGAUGGAAACUGCCAGCCAUCAAGCCAGCGCACAAAUAGAAUCCUUGCAGGCGAAGUUGAACAUAGUCUCCAAGCAGAGGGACGAGGCUGCCCAACAGCUCUCUCAGGCUCAGGACCAGGAGAAGCAGUACACUGUGUCCCUGGGCAACCUGCAGAUGGUGCGUGAGCACGUCCAGCAUAAGGAAAAAGUUAUGGAUGCUGCUGAAGUGGAAAAACAAGAGCAGCUUGUACACAAAUGGAAAGAAAAGGCUCAAGACCUGCAAGUGAAAGUUAUUGACUUACAAGAACAUUUGGACAAAGCAAACGCCGUACUGGAUUCCACAUCAAGACUAAUGGAACAGUUGGAACACAAAGAAAGAGAAAUCCAGGAUCUUAAAAAUCAAAAUGAGCUUCAACAAGAAAUGUUGGAGGAUGUACAAAAGAAAUGGGUAAAUUUAGUAGAUGGCAUGGAGGGCAAAAUCAACACAGUAUUGGUGAGAAACCUUUUUAUUAGGCAAUUCCACACUCCGAAAAGUCAGCGGCCUGAAGUGCUGCGUUUGAUGGGCAGUAUUCUGGGCCUGAAGAGAGAAGAGAUGGAUCAGUUGUUUAAAGAAGACCAAGGUUAUGCUACAAGAUGGGUGAGUGGGUGGCUUGCAGGAGGAGCCCAAAGUGACCCCAACAAACCUCUCAGACCCAACGAGCAGUCUGUGCCCAACAACUCAUUUGCGGAACUUUUUGUAAAUUUUUUGCAGAGUCAGUCACACCCAUCCACUCCACCACCAAAGCUUUGCACAAGUGAGAUGAAACCUCUACAUUCUACGGGAACAAGAGCAAGCACAGGUGUGCCAGAAACUUUUCAAGAUUCAACCACUUCCAGUUCUGGUAGAAAAACAGGUGUGCAUUCAUUUUCAGCCACCUGCUCUGAGGCUGUGCCCCUUAUUAGCCCAGCUGGAUUUGGCCAGGGCCGACCUGGAAACCUUCUGCUGGAGCCCAUUAAGAACUUCGUACCCACAUUUACAUCACUGCCAGUGCCGCCUAACAACAGCACUGCAGUUGGGAUACAAGAUCUUUCAAAGAAGUAG